GAGGCUAUGCUUUUGACAAAGCUAUUGUGCCUUGUCAUCCUUUUGGGCUUGGUUCAUUCGGAGCAAUGGAGCCGGGUUUGUGCUCAAUGUGUUGCUGGGAACUUUCUCACCCACCGCCGAGUCAUGCAGAAUUCCUCUGCAGGACAGUCAAUGGGAUUCGUCGAUGAGUGGAAGGGAACGGAUUGUGUUUCGGGAACAAUUCACUCAAUUCCUUGUGAGAAUUCGUGCAUCACGAUUGUUCUCAAGAAGAUCCACGAGGAAGAUGAGAACGCUUUUGAGGGAAUCAUGAUGGACUGCUCCGAUCAGCUCAUUGUAAGUAGCCCAGAUCUCCCGCAAGGAAUCCAGUUCACAAACUAUAACCAAAAUGGAGUAUUUUCUAACCAUCGAAGCAACUUAUCGAUCACAUACAGCUUCACGACUGAUUCUUUUCAAAAUGCGGAGAAAAUUCGAAGAUCCUUCUCUUCAGUUGUGCUUCCAUCGUACGAGAAAGAAUACGAGAUUAGCACAAUUGUUGCGCUGAUUGGAUUCAGUGUAUUGGUGGUUUCGUUGUGCUGCUCAUUUUGCAUUUAUUCGUAUUGUUAUGAGAAAAAGCUGCGUGAGGCCAGAAACGAUAAGGUUAUCUAUCAAAAAAGGCUGCUCGAUAAUUCCGAUGAUAGUCCAACUUCUUCGAAUGAUACUGAAAAUGGGAGUGUUUCAUCUUCUGCUCCUGAAAUCGUAGUUAUUAAAUCAUCAAUUGAUUCCUCUGUCCCAUUGCUUGAUGUCCCCGAGCUUCAAGAGACUGAGAAGAAAUUCCUUGAUGGAAAAGGAAGUUCAAAAACUCUUUAAUCUAAAUUCCCAUUCCACACCGCCCAUUUUCUGUAUUUUUUGUCAUUUUUUAUUAUUUUCCGGUCCAUUAUUUGAAACUUGUUUUUCAGCUCAAAUGAAUACAUCUAAUUCGU